AUGCUGGUGACGGGGCCUGCCGUCAGUAACGUGACUGCGCUGGCGCAGGUCGACAGGGAGAAGAUUUACCAAUGGAUCAACGAGCUGUCGAGCCCCGAGACCCGAGAGAACGCUCUGCUGGAGCUGAGCAAGAAACGCGAGUCUGUGGCUGACCUGGCGCCCAUGCUCUGGCACUCCUGUGGUACCAUCUCUGCUCUGCUGCAGGAGAUCGUGAACAUCUACCCAUCCAUAAACCCGCCCACACUCACAGCUCAUCAGUCCAACAGAGUCUGCAACGCUCUGGCUCUGCUGCAGUGUGUAGCCUCACACCCAGAGACCAGGUCUGCGUUCCUGGCCGCUCACAUUCCUCUGUUCUUGUAUCCGUUUCUUCACACUGUGAGCAAAACACGACCGUUUGAAUAUCUGCGCCUCACCAGCCUCGGGGUCAUAGACAUCAAGCCCCGGUGA